AAACCCCUCCAGCCCCGUCCGCAGAUCGCGGCGACACGAGACCCACCCGGAGCCACCGCUGCUACCACCGCCGCUGCCGCUGUCAAAAUGCGCACGGACAUCCUCCUGCGGGUUGACUGUCAGAUGUGUCCGCGCAUCGGACACUAAAUAUAUCGUGAGAACAUUUCUCUACCGGCACGCACACACACACACACGUACGUACAUACACGUGUGUGUGUGUGUACGUGUGCGGUUGGUGGGUUGGUGGUGGGGGGGGGUCAUAGUUCGUGCUGCGCGGCGCCGUCGUCCGUAUCUGCGUAAAGCCGAUUUGGAGUCCCGGCUCUGGAUUUACGCGUGAGGAAGGGGAUGGAUGGCCAAGGAUCGGAUCUGCGCGCGCUGCGGCUGAUCUAGACCCGUAAGCAUCCAGCAAAAUCCUGACAAAGCGGUUUGAGUGCAUCAUGGAACACAGACUCGCCUUCCUCAAUUUCAUCAUACUCAUCAGCAAGUGGCCACCGGGCUCGGAGGCCCUGAACGGGAGCCGGCUGGCAACACCGCGGGCGGCGGUGGCGGCCGUGCCGGAGGAGGAGACGGAGGCGGCGAUGGCGAUGGUGCCCGUGGGCGAGGAGCAGUACAUCGUGAAGGCGCAGUACGAGUGCUACAUGAAGAUCCUGCGUGAUCCUCCCUAUAACGGCAGCGGACCUUACUGUAACCGCACGUGGGAUGGCUGGCGCUGCUGGGACGACACGCUAGCAGGCAACGAGGUCUCCCAGAAAUGUCCCGACUAUUUCGAAGACUUUGACCCGUCUGAAAAAGUCACCAAGAUUUGCAACAGGGACGGAAACUGGUUCCGCCACCCGGAGAGCAACCGCACGUGGUCCAACUACACGCUGUGCAACGCGCACACACACGACAUGCUGAAGAUGGCCAUGAAUCUCUAUUACCUCGCCGUGAUCGGACACACGCUCUCCAUUGUUUCGUUGUCGACGUCGCUCUUCAUUUUCUUUUAUUUUAGGAGCCUGAGCUGCCAAAGGAUAACGCUCCACAAAAACCUCUUCAGCUCCUACAUCCUCAACUCCGUCAUCACCAUCAUCUCGCUCACCGUGGUGGCUAACAACAGGCAGCUCGUAGCCAGCAACCCUAUCGAGUGCAAAGUCCUCCAGUUUCUCCAGCAGUACCUGAACGGCUGCAAUUACUUCUGGAUGCUGUGCGAGGGGAUUUACCUACACACGCUCAUCGUGGUCGCCGUGUUCUCGGAGAAGCAGCACCUCGUCUGGUACUACCUCCUCGGCUGGGUUUUCCCAUUGGUCCCUGCCGUCAUACACGCCGUGGCGAGAUCCGUCUAUUACAACGACAAAUGUUGGAUCAGCUCCGAAACCUACUUGCUGUACAUUAUACACGCGCCCUACAUCAUCGCGCUGCUGGUGAACUUGUUCUUCCUGCUGAACAUCGUGCGCGUGCUGGUGACCAAGCUGAAGGACACGCACCGCGCCGAGUCGAACAUGUACAUGAAGGCGGUGCGCGCCACCCUCAUCCUCGUGCCGCUGCUCGGCAUCCAGUUCGUGCUCGUACCCUGGAGGCCCGAGGGCCGCCUCGCCGGAGAGGUCUACGACUACCUGAUGCACCUCGUCAUGCACUACCAGGGUCUUCUGGUGGCUACUAUAUUUUGCUUCUUCAACGGAGAGGUGCAGACGGUGCUGCGGCGCCACUGGAUGCAGUACCGCCUGCGCUUUGGGCACCGUCGGCGCGUGGAGCACUGCUCCGUGCGCUCCACCUCGUACAGCACCACGGGCUCCGUGGGGGACGCCCCCCUCCCCGCCUCCUAUGCCUUCGUCAAGGCCGGCAACGGCCAGGCGCGCAGCUGCAAUGGAGCGGUGGCUGGCGCCGGUGGUGCCAGCGGUGCCGGCGGCAGCGGUGGCGUCGGUGGGGUUGGCGGAGGAGGAGGUGGCGGCGGCGGCGGCGGCGGCGGCGUUAGUGGUGGCGGCAAGAGAACCGGCAACAGCGAACGGCUUACGCUCAAGCUCAACGAGACCAAAGCGUAGCCUUGUGGCGAUGUCGUGGCGUUUGCGUCGCACCGCCCUGUCCUGAACCGAGCGUCGCAAGACGAUCGCGCAUCGUGCACACCUGCGUUCUUUUGGUAUUUAAGUGCAACGAAUUGCACCAGUGUCAUUUGGUUUUCUAUAUAUAUACAGUCAGUGCUACUAACUCGCUGCUUAGGACUGCCACCAACAAGGGCAGCGGUUGUAAUGCAGUAAAUUAAUUAACCCCUCGCGAGGCCCCCCCCCCCCGUCACCCAGCCGACCCCGUCUUGGGUAAUAAAGAGCUGGCGAACUUCGGUUUCUGCUUAAGAAGGACGGUGAGAAGACCUGCAUACGCAAGCUUUUGAAAUAAAUAAACAUGUAGACAUUUCAAAUCGAAGGCAGGACUCCUUUUCGUUCGUUAAAAAAAAACCAACCCCUCCCGACCGCCCCACGUUUGCACCCAUGAUGUUUCUGCCCGCUUGGGACACAAGGGCCUUUUAACAUUCAGUUCCACUUGGACAGCAGGCCCCCGGGCGCCAGCUCUGCGAUGGUUUUGGCUGCUGCAAGGGUGAGCCUAACUAUCACUACCAACAGCCUGUGCCUAAGUCAUUCAGGUUUGGAACUCCGCUAUUUGUUUUUUGUCUCGCAUUGAGCACAGCGGUCAGAACGUGUGACUAUUUGACUGCGACGUCAAUGGAAAGAGUGUUGCUCGCACUGAGAUGCCGUGUUUGUGGAGGGGGGGGGUGUGGGGUGGGGAAUAUUCCAAGCACAUCUAAAUAAUUAGAGUGAAAGGGUUGGUGUCCAGUUAUGGUUUGGCUCGUUUGCAAAUCAACACCGCCGCAAGAACACAGUGCGCUCCGUCAGAUGAUGACAACAAGCCAGCCUUGUGCUAAAGUCGCGUUACAUAAAUGGCUUAAUUCACUCACGGUUAAAUGUAACGUUUUAAUUUUUCUGUGACGUACCCCCUCUGAAAUCAUUUAGCGAUAAGUCAUCUAUCAUUGACAUUUCAAAAUAUAUGGAAUCCGUGAUCCCGCAGCGGCAAGAUUGAUCGAAUGGACGAAGUGGCGGAGGGCAGCAUGUGCCGUGACGGUGUUCGUUCACGUUGUUUUUUUAUUCUUGCGAAACAAUCUUUCGAAGCAGUUUUGUCGACGGCAAGUGGUGGUCACGGGGAGAAGCGAAAAAUGUUGCAAAGAAGCUAAGGCGGAAGAAAUUGGAACUCUCAGCGAAAAAUGUUAAAAUCUUACACGGAGGAUUCCCGAGCAAAUGCACGGCUUGUUCAGUGGUGUUGAAAGCUGCUUGUGUCGAAAAUGCAAAUUGGGUUAAUUACAAUGGAACAGCGAAAUGUUUCGCCAUGAGAACAGGGUACAGCAUAGAUGCCGUCCGUGAUGGAUGUGAACAGUGAUUGGUGAGGUGGGAGGGAAAAAAAACAGGAUUACGUUCUGUGUCGAAGGUGGUUGUUUUUUUUCACGGAAAAUAUUAAGAUCCUUGUAUUUAUUUCCUAAAUGGAGUUAAAAAAAAUACUUAUUUAAGACAGUUUAUGUGUACGCGUUGUGUGUAACUGCAGUACAAACAUGUAUUUAUAGUCACAAAAUCGUGUAAUUUUUAAAUAUAGUUUCGUCAUUGCCCGUAAUUUAACUGUUUGUGUAAGUUGUUUGUUAACACAGUGACAACAUGAUGAUGAUGAUCAUUAAUAUAAAAGCAAAUAGGAUGGACGAUGCUUGACACUGAAUGUCGGGCUGUGCGUAGGGUUAAUUCCAGAGUUAAGUAGCCGUGAUGUAAGUAAUGUGACUGUCAAACAGAGGCUGAUUGUGUAGCCAUUCGCUUUCUCAUCCCUGAGAUGCACAGCAAUCUACUGCGGUCGUGUUCCAUACGUCUGAGAUGUGCUCCACGUCUUUUAAUGGGUCAAUUAAAGCAAACAUCUGUUGACAAAUUGCUAACGUGACACGUUCGGCACGGCAAUCGUUCUCUGAAACAGUUUGCUGUGCGUCACCGAUGCCAUAGUCUGGAUCCAGGUCGUCCUUGGCCAUAAAUCUGGAUCGCAUAUUCAAUUCCGUCCACGUGCCCGACGUUACAGACACGUCGUGGUGGCGAGAUGUGAACUACCUCGCCUGGUAUACAGGAGGUCGUGGGUUUGAUCCCAGCCCUGACGCCUGUACAAAUGGAGUUUGCGUGUCUCUCUCCUCGAGGUCGUGUGGAUUUUUC